AUGGAUGGGUACCACAAGCUUAGCUUAUACGGUAUUGAGAUCUAUGCCUAUAUGGAUGCAUACUCAAGAUAUAUUAUCUGGGCCUAUGUUAGUAUCUCAUCUGCUACAGCAGUUAGUUGUCUCUUUCAGUUUCUAGAAACUUUAAGAAUUAGAGGUAUCCAGCCACGCUUCGUACGAAGUGAUAGAGGUGGUGAGACAACUUGUAUGGCAAAUAUUCAGUGGAAUCUCCGCCAGGUUGAUGACCCAGAGAUUCCACUAAAUCAAUGCUGGAUGUUUAGGACAAGUACAUCUAAUCAAAGGAUUGAGGCUUGGUGGGCACAGCUUUCUAAGGCACUCUUAUUCCGAUGGAGGAACUUCUUCUCAGAGCUUAAGCAGAGAGGUAUCUUUAAUACACAGAGUUAUACAGAUCGGAUUACUAUUCAGGCAAUCUAUAUUCCAAUUCUCCGUACGGAAGUUUCAAGCUUCGUACAGACAUGGAAUCAGCAUCCUAUCCGAAGACAGAGAGAUCGACCAUCUGCUGUCUCUGGACCACCCGUACGAAAUUACUUUAUGCCAGCUAAAGAUCUUAGCUUUAAUAGAGGUACACCGCUUCGUACGGCUGAAGAACAGAGAAGUCCAUUUAUGGAUAUCUAUGUUCAGCUACGCCGUAGGAUUCAGGACCAUGUCUAUACUAGAAUAGCCCCUCGGCUAGAAGUCCUAGCACAUCCACAUCUAGAUCCUAAUUUGUUUGGAACCGCUCUUAAGAAUGUUGAGGCGUCUAAUCUUAAUAAUAAUUAA